AUGGGCGGCGCCCUCGGCGCUGGCGUGUACUUCGCGGGCAACGCCACAUACUCACAUCAGUACUCUGCCGGCCAGGCGCAAAACGCCGCUGCGGGCCUGCGCGGCGCCGCGCCGCCGCCCAUGAGGGGGAUGCCAACCUUUGGCAGCAUGUCGAUGGGGUUCGCCGGCAUGCCCAUGGCGUUCGGCGGCGUGCCCGUACCCGUGCCGGGCGGCGGUGGCGGUGGCGUGGUGGCGGGCCUGGCGGCGGCGAGCGCGCCGCCGGGCCACCAGUGGGCUGGGCGAUAUGCCAUGCUGCUGUGCUCUGUCACUCUUGGGAGCAUCGAGCUGGGACGGCCUGGCAUGCGCAUCUGCAACAACAGCUUCCACGGUGUCUCAAACGGCGGCGGCGGCAAGGUCGGGCGCGGCUUCAACGACAUUUAUGCAGUCUUUGACAACAGCCAGGCCUACCCUGGCUACAUCGUUCACUACGACCUGUAG